CUACAAUCCCCGUUGCCUCUUUUCCAAUCUUAUCUUCUUGAUCGUGAUCAUGGCGAAGGUUGUGGGUGAAGCUCCUCUCUCUUAUCUCAUUGUAGUUCUUCUCGACAGGCUUUCAUCUCCUCAGGUUGCUAAUUUCAUCAUUGGAAAAAAGCUUGACGUCAAUUUGAUCCAAAGGUUGAAAAACACUCUUUAUGCUGUUGAAGCUGUUUUGAAUGAUGCUGAAUACAAACAGAUCAAAGACUCUGCUGUUGCAAACUGGCUUCAUGAUCUCAUAGAUGCUCUUUAUCUUGCUUAUGACAUUCUCGAUCUCAUUUCUACCAAAGAGCAUCUUGCUGAUGACAUUCUCAAUAGUACUACUGCUUCUACCUACUUGUGUCACUUUUCCAACUCUGAAGAAAUGGAUAUGGUUCGUAAGUUGGAAUAUAUAGUUACUAGGUUUGAAUCCAUUCUUAAACGCAAAGAUAUUCUUGGUCUUCAACAUAUUGCAACUCACCACCACUCUUCUUGGAGAACUCCAUCAACCUCCCUAAAUCAUGGAUCUAAGAUAUUUGGUAGAAAUCAAGACAUAGAAGCCAUACUCAAAUUACUUUUACAUGAUGGUGAUGAUGAUAGUGAUAAGAUUUCUGUGAUCUCUAUAGUUGACAUGGGUGGUGUGGGCAAAACCACUUUAGCCCAAGCUGUGUACAACCAUGAAAAUAUAAAGCAGAAAUUCGAUGUUCAAGCAUGGGUUUGUGUUUAUGAUGAUUUUGAUGUUUUGAAGGUUACAAAGGCCAUUGCAGAGGAAGUUAGAAGUGCUUGUAACACAAAUAAUUUGAAUAUUCUUCAGCAAGAUUUGAAGGAUAAGUUGUCCGGAAAAAAGUUCUUAAUUGUUCUGGAUGAUGUCUGGACCGAAGAUUAUGACAGUUGGAAUUCUCUUAUAAAGCCUCUUCGAUGCGGAGCUAAAGGAAGUAAAAUUCUUGUAACAACCCGUAUUCAAAAGGUUGUUUCUAUGGUCCAAACUUUUCAAGCUUACUCUCUUGAGCAAUUGUCUGAUGAGGAUUGUUGGUCUGUGUUUGCAAACCAUACAUGCCUUUCUCAAGAAAAAUCCACUCAGAAUAUGGAUCUCGAAAAAAUUGGUAAAGAGAUUGUUCGAAAAUGUAAGGGAUUGCCUUUAGCAGCACAAUCACUUGGGGGUUUGUUGCGACGGCAUGACAUCAGGGAUUGAAAAACAAUACUCAAUAGUAAUAUUUGGGAAAUUGAUGAAAAGGAGAGUGAGAGCAUUCCAGCACUAAGAAUUAGUUAUCAUUAUCUCCCUCACUAUUUGAAAACUAUCGGUAUAAAGAGGGAAAUUGGUUCUUUUGUGUUAGAAUCUCAUAUUAUUGGAAGAGAAGAUAACAAAAACGAAAUAUUAAGCUUGUUGAGGCAGCCACAUGAAUAUCAGAAUGUCUCCUUCAUUGCUAUCGUUGGAAUUAGUGGUUUAGGAAAGACAACUCUUGCUCAAUUGGUAUACAAUGAUUUGGAAGUGCAAAAUCUGUUUGAAAAGAGAAUGUGGGUAUAUGUCUCUCGUAAAUUUGAUGUCAAAACUAUUGUGAAGACAAUGUUGGAGUCAUUAACCGAGAGCAAAAUUAGUGAUAUAUUAUCAUUAGAAAACUUGCAAAAUAUGUUUUGUGAAAAUUUAACUGGUAAAAGAUACUUGUUAGUCUUAGAUGACGUUUGGAACGAGAAUUAUGAAAUAUGAGCUCAACUGAGGACUUAUUUGAUGUAUGGUGUUCAAGAUAGUAAGGUUGUAGUGACAAAUCGUUCAUAUGGUGUACCACAAACAAUGGGUGCAAGAAUCUCCUAUGCUCUUUGUUGUUUGAAUAAAAAAGAAUCUUGGAUUUUGUUGAAGAAUAUUGUUACAAUGGGAAUAAGACCAAAAGAAUGAACCAAACUCUUGAAUCAAUCGGUAGGAAGAUAGUUGAAAGGUGCAGUGGAGUUUUCACGGUAUUUUCUUUCCUAAAAAGUAUGUAUGCAUGUCAAUAAGGCUGCAUGCUAGAAAUAUCAAAACAUAUUAGAAUAGUGAGACUAACAAGUGAGCAAAUUAUUACAAUCUUCAUGUUGUUAAACAUUUUUUCUUUUUUCUUUUUCUACCUACAAGCUUUAUACUUUGCAAUUAUUUUUAGGUUAUGCUCACAAGCUAAUAGAUACAUCGACACUACUAAUGUAUAAAGUAUAGGACAU